AUGGCCCUCGGUGGCGCACUACGGCGCUCCUCGGGCCACAAUGCUGUCUUUGACGAGCAGAAGAAGCGAGGGCUUUGUCUGGCCGUGAGGGAUGUGACCUUGCCCUCUUGUGUGAAUGUCAGCAUGGGGUCCCAAGAAUCUGAGCCUACAGUUGGAGUGACAAAAAAUGAAUGGGACUGUGGUCAGCAUCCCUCCAACUCAUGCCCCUCUUCUUCUACUGUACUUGAAAAGGUUUACCAGGAGAUGAUGACUAUCUACCAACAACUAAAGGCGAAGAGCGUGGGCCAGCAACAGUGGGAGCAGCGUCUCCAGGGGAGGGAGAGGAGUCUGGAGCAGCAGGAGAAGGCCCUAGCAAAGCUGACUCAAAUGGAGGAGAAUCACCAGAAUGAGGUAGGCAGGUUGCAGGAACUGCUGCGAGAGGACGACGAGGAGAUCAGGAGGCUUCCGUCCAGCUUUGACACGAUCAAACGUCUUAACGACACCAUGAAGCAACAGCAAUGUGAGAUAAAUGAACAGAGAAAGAAGUUGGAAAACUGGUCUAAGAGGGUUCAAGCUCGACUAGGCAACCUGCAGAGGAAAUGCGAGCCCAGCAUGGCGCUGAAAUGUGAGCGUGAAGACCACAGAGUCUCGCGGCCCACGUCCAAACAGAAGAAAACCGCCGUCUCCCUAAAACGUACGGAGGAGGUGUUGCCGUUGUUAACGGAGCAGCUUCGUCUGGUGCCCCCAUCAGAACCGUCCCUCCUCGACCUCCUCUGCUUCAUCAACUGGGCCUUGAAACACAUGGGUGCCAGCACAGAGCAUGUAGCGCUACCAUCCACACUGAGGCGUGUAGGAGAAGAGCUGUACUUCCAAGCGGGAACGGGACGUGUCAGGAGCAGUCCUCUCUACCAGAGUCCCUGUCCUCACACAAAUAUUCUGUCCACCCUCGUCAUCCUCCAGACUGUCACACAAGCGGAUGUGCUGGCCCAAGUGCUUGACAGCCUUCACAAAGAGCUAAUGAAUGAGGAGAGCCGAGGCGUGUUCCUCCAUUAUGGUGCCCUACUGUCAGCGCUCCAGACCGGCUGUGGAGGUCUGCACAAGCCCUUAGACAUCCCGCUGCAGCUCACCAUGCAAUCCUGCUUUUUAGCUCCCUUGCUGGAGGCAUGUAGUUGUGAGGAGUUCUUCCGCACUGCCUCACAUCUCCUAAAGAGCCCUCAUCUGGAGCCCCCACUGCUUGAGAAGCUUUCCAUUCUCCUCCAGAAACUCUCCAACAUCAGAGUAUUAUAGAACCGUCGUCUGUUUGAGCGGUCCCCUCUCCACCUCCAGCUGCAGGAGCUGCACCGUACCACCGACCCCUCACACACCUCCCUCUGCCUCAACCUUGGCUCCGUCCCGCUCGAUCUUAGAUAG